AUGUCGCUGACCAACACAAAGACUGGCUUUUCCGUCAGGGACAUUUUGGACUUACCUGACACCAACGAUGAGGACGGAUCGACAGCCGAGGCGGCGGAGGAGGACAGAGAGGCGGCGGGGACAGCCAAAACUUCGGGGUUCGCUCGCCAAAGUCCCCUGGAAACCGUACAGAGGCUGCCACUGAAGAACCCGUUUUAUGACAGCACCGAUAAUCCGUACACCCGGUGGUUGGCAACAACCGAGAAUCUCCAGUAUUCGCUCCACGGGAUUUCUCCCGCCGCAUCCCAGCAACAGAACUCCGCCAGUAAAUCCUCGGAGCCUUCGGCGGAUGAGUCGCCAGACAAUGCGACCGAGACUUCCAGCAAUGGCAGCGAGUCCGGCAAGAAGCGGAAACGCCGAGUUCUGUUCUCCAAAGCGCAGACUUACGAACUGGAGAGGCGCUUCAGGCAGCAGCGGUACUUGUCCGCCCCCGAGAGGGAGCACCUCGCUAGCCUCAUCCGCCUGACUCCCACCCAGGUGAAGAUCUGGUUCCAGAACCACAGGUACAAGAUGAAGAGGGCCCGGGCCGAGAAAGGUAUGGACCUCAACCCCCUGCCCUCGCCCAGGAGGGUGGCGGUCCCUGUCCUGGUCAGAGACGGGAAGCCCUGUCACGCCAGCAUGGUGACCAAUGCUCUCAAAACACAGGACUUGGCGGCCGCCACUUUCCAGACGAGCAUCGCCUUCCCAGCCUACACCACACAGUCACUCCAACACGUCCAGUACAACUCCCAUUUCAGCUCCGCCAGUAACCCCCAGUAUCACACACACCCGCUGGUGCAGAGUCAACAAUGGACUUGGGGAUGA